AGCAAAAAGUAGAUCGACCCCCCGCAAUUUCUUUCCGCUUCUUUCCUCGAUCCACCGAACUUUUCUUUCACUCUGUAAGCCAAAACUCUUCUUUAAAAAUAAAAAAAUCUGACUUGCGCAUUUUCUUUCAGGGUUCCUUAUGUGCUUGAAUCGGUGGAUUUGAGUUUUCAGAUCUAGUUGUUUUUGGUAUUUAUUGUUUAAAAAAAGAUGGCUUGGUUCAGCGGGAAGGUGUCCUUAGGGGGCUUUCCUGAUCUUGCUGGGGCAGUCAAUAAGCUCCAAGAGAGUGUGAAGAAUAUUGAGAAGAACUUUGAUACAGCUCUCGGGUUUGAGGAGAAGUCUGAAUCAAGCAACAAUGAAGCCUCAGGAUUGUGGUCUUCAGAAAGAAAACCACUAUUUGAUCCAGUUCUGGCCUUUAUGGGUCAGAAAAGUGAGGAGAGUGCUGCUGAAUCAUCUGGAAAACUUGAAUCUUCACAUGCUCCACCCGAAGCUGAGGAAAAAGAAAAGGCUGAAACUGACAGGUCUGUUCAUUCUCAUGUGAAAACCACUGUUGAAGAAGAUAAACAAGCUGAUGAGUUAGAAAAAGAUAACGAACAUUUAGAGACUGUGAAUAGAGAAGAUACUGCAACUUUGGACCCCUGUAAAGCUGAAUCUGAAUCUGAAUCAGAAACAGUUUCUGCAGAGCCUUCUGAAUCUGUCAGUAUGAAUGUUGAUUCAUCAGAUUCUCCAGACAAUGAACAACAGAAAGAAAGCACAGAUGUAGUACCUUCUGCAGGUUCUGACUCCAGGGAAGCCAAACUAGAUACUGCAGAGGUAAGCCCAGUUGAGGUUGCUGAGCCUGUGCUAGCUGAGUCUAGUACUGCUGUAGACAUGCAUGAAACUAAUGAACAAAAGACACAAAUGAACGAGAUUUUAGAGAAAGGUUCUCCAAUUAAAUCUGAGGAAUCUAGUGAUAGCCAAGCUGAUGCUGGCAAUGGCCCUGAUGAACCGACGCCCUCAAGUUCAAAUUCUGUUGUCGUUGAGGAGACUAAAAGUGCCCAGGCACUUCUGUCUCCCACUGAACUGGUUUUUCUUGAAAAUGAUGAAAGUGCUAAAACAGUUGAAGUGGACCGGCAGAUUAAUGAUGGUGAAGCUGAUGCUAAAGAAGAGUUACGCUUGAGUUCUGCAGCUGCCACAUCUGACUCUGCAGAUACUAUCCAUGAACUGGAGAAGGUGAAGAUGGAAUUGAAAAUGAUGGAAUCCGCAUUGCAAGGUGCUGCAAGACAAGCUCAGGCAAAAGCUGAUGAAAUUUCUAAGCUCAUGAAUGAGAAUGAGCAGCUUAAAGCUGUAAUUGAGGAUUUGAAGAAAAAAUCCAAUGAAGCAGAAAUGGAGUCUUUGCGAGAGGAAUAUCAUCAAAGGGUUUCGACUCUUGAAAGGAAGGUUUAUGCCUUGACUAAAGAAAGGGAUACUCUUCGAAGAGAGCAGAAUAAAAAAAGUGAUGCUGCUGCUCUUUUGAAGGAAAAAGAUGAAAUAAUUAAUCAAGUCAUGGCUGAAGGUGAAGAGCUUUCAAAGAAGCAGGCUGCUCAAGAAGCUCAAAUCAGGAAAUUGAGAGCUCAGAUUAGAGAGCUCGAAGAGGAGAAGAAAGGCCUGACUACAAAGCUUCAGGUUGAAGAGAACAAGGUAGAGAGUAUCAAAAAGGACAAAACUGCUACAGAGAAGUUGCUACAGGAAACAAUUGAAAAACACCAAGCAGAACUUGCAGCUCAGAAAGACUUUUAUACAAAUGCUCUAAAUGCUGCAAAGGAGGCUGAAGCACUAGCAGAGGCACGUGCCAACAAUGAAGCCAGAACUGAACUGGAGAGUCGAUUAAGAGAGGCUGAAGAACGUGAAGCCAUGCUAGUACAGACGCUUGAAGAGUUAAGACAAACCUUAAGCAGAAAGGAGCAGCAGGCAGUAUUUCGAGAAGACAUGCUUCGCAGGGACAUCGAAGAUCUUCAAAAACGUUAUCAGGCAAGUGAACGUCGGUGUGAGGAGUUGAUUACACAAGUGCCUGAGUCUACAAGACCUCUUUUAAGGCAGAUCGAAGCCAUGCAGGAAACAACUUCCAGAAGAGCAGAAGCUUGGGCUGCAGUGGAGAGAUCUCUAAACUCUCGUCUCCAGGAAGCAGAGGCAAAAGCUGCUGCUGCUGAAGAGAGAGAGCGGUCUUUGAAUGAUCGCUUAUCUCAAACCUUAUCUCGAAUUAAUGUUCUUGAAGCUCAGAUUUCAUGUCUUAGAGCGGAACAAACACAGAUAAGCAGGUCCCUUGAGAAAGAGAGACAGAGAGCUGCUGAGAAUAGACAAGAGUACCUUGCAGCGAAGGAGGAAGCAGAUACUCAAGAAGGUCGGGCAAGCCAGCUUGAGGAAGAAAUUAGGGAACUAAGACGGAAACAUAAGCAAGAGUUACAAGAUGCUUAUGUGCAGCAGGAACGUCUACAGCAGGAAGUAGAAAGGGAGAAAGAUGCUCGGUUAGAUAUGGAAAGGACAACGCAUGUGCGUUCUAUGGCUAUAUCUGAGCAAGCUCCAAUGGCAAGGCACAAUUCUGCUUCGGAGAAUGGAAGCUUGUCCCGGAAACUCUCUACUGCUAGCAGCCUAGGAAGUAUGGAGGAAAGCUAUUAUCUGCAGGCAUCUUUGGACUCAUCUGAUGGUUUCUGAAAGAGAAAUAUUGGAGAGGCAACAUUAAGUCCGCUCUACAUGAAGAGCAUGACACCCAGUGCGUUUGAAUCUGCCCUUCGUCAGAAGGAGGGUGAACUUGCAUCCUACAUGUCUCGUUUGUCUUCCAUGGAAGCUAUCCGUGACUCCUUAGCCGAGGAGUUGGUGAAAAUGACGGAACAGUGUGAAAAGUUGAAGGCAGAGGCAGCCACACUGCCUGGAAUCCGGGCAGAGCUAGAAGCCUUGAGGCGGAGACAUACUGCUGCACUGGAGCUAAUGGGCGAGCGUGAUGAAGAGCUAGAGGAACUCCGAGCUGACAUUGUAGACUUGAAGGAAAUGUAUAGAGAGCAAGUAAACUUGCUUGUGAAUAAGAUCCAAAUAAUGAAUUCUUCGGCGGGUAAUACAUACUAGGCAUAUUCUUUUUUUUGGUGUGAUAAUUUCCAAGAAAUUAUGAGCAUGAUAUACUUGUAGCAGAUGAUGUUAAAAAAAUUUUGUUCUUAAAACUUACUGGUUCAAAGAUGUGGUUUUAUUGCGAGCAUUUGGUUAAUUGAGAGAUUCAGGGAGCAAUAGCGUCCCCUUGAAAGAUUUUUCUACUUUGUUGUAUAGGACAAAUCUUUUCUACUUCCUAGCCAACAUAAAAAUCGAUUUUAUUGCCUA